AAACAACCUCGUUGUACUGACAAACUGAGCAAUAUGGCACCUAUCGGCGUAGCCAUGAUUGGCGGCGGCCUGUUUGCCAAGCAGGAACACAUGCCUGCCCUCAUGAAGUGCGACAACUUUGCCCUCAAGGCCAUCUACUCCCGCUCCCUCAAGUCGGCCCAAGAAACGGCAGCCCUCAACACCCGGGAGUCAACACCGGACCUCUACUCGGCCGACGCCGGGCCGGGCAAGUCCUACGAUGACCUCCUCGCCCGCGACGACAUCGCCGCCAUCAUCCUAGCCCUCCCGAUCAUGAGUCAACCCGCCCACAUCGAGGCGGCACUCACAGCCGGCAAGCACGUCCUCGCCGAGAAGCCUCUCGCACCGACAGUCGAGGCGGGGAAGAAGCUUCUCGAGUUCUACCGUCGCACCGCAGAGGCCAACGGCGCGACGUUUGCCAUUGCCGAAAACUUUCGCUUCAAGCCCUCGUUCGAGUACGCGGCCGUCGAGGCGGCCAAGCUGGGUAGCGUCCAGCAGUUCAACGUGAGGGUGCUGGGCUACAUGGGGGCCGACACGCAGUGGUACGCAACCGCGUGGCGGGCAAAGCCAGAGUACCAGGGCGGGUUCCUGCUCGACGGCGGAGUGCACUUUGCGGCGGCCACGAGGAUGCUGCUCACCACGCGCGCCGCGGACGUGAGGGCGCAGACGGCGCUGACCCAGCCUCACCUGCCGCCCAUCGACACGGUCAACGCCGUCGUACGGCUCGAGUCCGGAGUUAGCGGUGUCUACCAGCAGUCGGCGGGUUCGAGGUUGAGCGCAUUCGACUUUGACUUUUCCUACGAAAAGGGCACGGUGAGUGUGUCUGGGGACAAGGUGACGGUUACGCCCCUGGAGGGUGAGGCGGUCGUCAAGGAGUUUGAGAGGACCAGUGGUGUAAGCGAAGAGGUUGAGGCGUGGGGAAAGGCGUUGGUGGCAGGGAAGCCAGAUGAGAGGCAAAGUGUGGAGAAGGCAUUGGGAGAUUUGGAGUUUUUGGAGCAAAUGUUUGAGAGCGGUUCCAAUGGGGGUGAAACCAAAAAGUAUGAGCUCCAGUGAGAGUCUUUUGAAUACGCAAAAUGGCUGGAUGGUGUAUGCUUGUUGCUUCCUCAUCCACAACAAGCAGCUUCUCUAGCUCCCGCCGCAGCGUGUCUGCCAUGCCCGCCUUGAGCGGCCUGCCCGACUCACGAUCGACAUAGACCUGCACAAACUCUCCGACCGCCUUGACCUCGUCGACGCCCUUCUCAAAGAGGGCCAUCUCGUACGUGACGCUCGACCGCCCGAGCUUGUUGACGCGCAGAGUCAGCUCCGCAACGGCAGGGUACGCGAUGGAUGCAAAGUAGUCCGUGUGGGUGUGCACGCACAGGCCAAACUCCUUUGCCGUUGGGGGAUGAAGCUUGCAGUUCUCGAUGAGAUAGGCGUUGAGAACCGAGUCAAACCUGGUUUCUUUAGCAGCUUUUCUCUCGCCUGCCUUUCCCUGGAAGGACCACGAGACCAGGCCAGGGAUCGUCACUUACAGAAAGUUGUAGACGGAAUUGUUCAUGUGGUCAUACAUAUCAUUGUCGUUCCUAUUGGUAAAGGGAGUCAGUCUAUUGAAACUCGUCUCCCAG